CUUCUCGUCUUGAGGUUUUGAACUCCGUAGGCGGGGCUUCCACCUGAGAAGUGGCGAUCGAUGAACUGCUUUGGCUGUCAGAGUUCAGAUUUGCUCGAGUUCAGCAACUGCCAAGAGACUAUCUACAUACCCAUAUCAGGUUUGGCGAUGCAGCUCCGAUCCCCCUGACCCUGCCGCAACUCAAAGAUGGCAGAACCAGGUUGUCGGAGUUUUGACCGCCGGCCCGUUGGUGAUUGCACAUGCCGGGCUGAGCCAGGGUCCGGUACAGUACAGUUUAUACAUACACCGCGGUGGUCACGAGCUGAUGCGCGAAAACAAGCGUCGCCCUUUUCUGCGCAUUAGUAUACAAUAAAUACCUUUAUAAAUCCUUCCCUGGCCUCCCACCCGACCUGCGGAUAUCGAGGUCAAUCGACCAUGGGCUCCAACUGGCAUCACCAUCCAAACGGCUGGGUCGGGAAAACACCAUGGUGGAAGGACGCCGUCUUCUACCAGGUCUACCCGGCCAGCUUCAAGGACUCCAAUGGCGACGGCUGGGGCGACAUUCCGGGCCUCAUCUCCAAGAUCGAUUACCUCCACCACCUCGGCGUCGACGUGGUCUGGCUCUCCCCGAUGUUUGAGAGCCCGCAGCAGGACAUGGGCUACGACAUUUCGGACUACCAGGCCGUGUACUCGCGGUAUGGCACGCUCGACGACGUCGACCGCCUGAUCGAGGCAUGCCACCUCCGCGGCAUGAAGCUGAUCCUGGAUCUGGUCGUCAACCACACGUCGGACCAGCACCCCUGGUUCCAGGAAUCCCGCUCCUCCAAGACCAACCCCAAGCGCGACUGGUACAUCUGGAAGCCGCCGCGGUACGACAACGAGGGGAACCGCAUCCCGCCGACAAACUGGCGCGGCUAUUUUGCUGGCUCAACCUGGACCUGGGAUGAAAUGACACAGGAGUAUUAUCUCAACCUGUACGGCCCAUUCCAACCCGACCUAAACUGGGAGAACCCGGCCUGCCGCGAGGCCAUCUACGACACGGCGAUGCGCUUCUGGCUGGACAGGGGCGUCGACGGCUUCCGCAUCGACACGGUCAACAAGUACUCGAAACGCACUGACUUCCCAGAUGCCCCCGUCACCAUCCCCGGGGCGCCGCACCAGCCGGCGCCCGAGAUGUGGUGCAACGGGCCGCGCAUCCACGAGUUCCUGCACGAGAUGCAGACGCAAGUGCUGAGCCGGUACAAUAACGCCGUGUCGGUCGGCGAGCUCUCCAACACGCCCCUGCCCAGCCAGGUGCUGCCCUACGUGUCGGCCACGGCGCGCGAGCUGGACAUGGUGUUCGAGUUCAGCAUGAUCCGGCUCGGCACCGGCGAUCUCUUCCACGGGAAGUACUUGUACCGCCCCUUUGCGCUGCGCGAGCUCAAGCGACACGUCGCUACCUGGCAGACCUUUAUCGAGGGCACCGACGGGUGGCACACGGUGUUCUGCGAGAACCACGACAACGGCCGGGCGGUAUCGCGUUUUGGGGAUGACUCCACGCCGGAACUGUGGGAGGCCAGCGCCAAGACCAUCGCGCUAUGGCAGGCCACGCUAACGGGCACCCUGUUCCUGUACCAGGGCCAAGAGAUUGGCAUGCGGAAUAUGCCCGCGUCCUGGGGCAUCGACGAGUACAAGGACGUGGAGAGCCUGGGGUUCUAUAACGAGGCCGUGGCGUCGGGCGAUGCGGAGCGGGUCAAGGCGACGAUGCAUGGCCUGAGGAUAUUGGCUCGCGAUCAUGCCAGGCUGCCGUUCCAGUGGGACGACUCGCGUAACGCGGGAUUUACCAACGGGGAGAGUGCUACGCCGUGGAUGAGGGUGCACGACGCAUAUGGCGAGCUCAAUGCCGCUCGACAGCUUGACGAUGCGGACUCGGUGCUAGGCUUCUAUCGGAAGGUCUUGGCGCUCCGUAAGCAGUACAGAGAUCUCUUCAUCCACGGAGCAUUCAGGCUGCUCGAUCCGGAGGAUGAUUCGCUGUUUGUGUAUGUUAAGGAGAGCGAGAUCCCGGUUGAUCCCGGGUCUUCGGAUGUGGUCAUCAGGAAGGCAGUGGUGGUGUUGAAUUUCACUAGUCGUGAGCAGGAAUGCCCCGACAUCAGCAGCGCGCUGGGAUGCAAGGCGGCCAAGGGGAAGCUGCUUGUCAGCACUCUCAGAGAAGGGCAAACUCCAAGGGAUACUGUGUUGAGGGCUUGGGAGGGCAGGGUGUAUGUGAACUUCUCAUAGAGAUAGAGUAUUGCCUUAGCUUUGGGAACGUAAGAUGAACAGAUUUCCGGUGUGCUUAACUGUUGGUACCGGGCUUAUAAUUAGUGGCAGGUGCCACCCACUGCGGUGGGCUGGGCUAUUUCUCGCAGGCGGGCAUUUCUUGAGUCGCACAGCUGGAAUCGUAUCAUCGAUUAUGAUGCUGUCGAUAUAAUAACUU